GGUGAAUGUCAAACCAAUUCGGGUCGGUGUUUGCAUUUUUGGUGUUUUGUUGCACUUUUUGCAGAUACAGACGCUAUAGUUCUACUUUUGUGAUUGUUUUAAUUAAUUUACACUGCUGUGAAAAUAUCUCUGUAAAACCGCAAGCGAGGAAAUAAAGUUAGAAGCCUAUAAAAUGGUAUGUGACGGCCCUGACCCGCCUGAGAACAACGGGAAUGACCUGAUACCACCCCCACGACACGAUUUAUUGAUGAACGGUAAUCUGGACGAGGGUAGCGAUGAUGAGCAGAAUGAGCACUUUGGCUAUGAACCCUUGCCCCAAGGUCCCGACGCUGUACACUCCGACCACGACCUAAGUGAUGAAGAUGCUGAGAAUCUUCCUGCAACUGAGCCACAAAAUGAUGUCCCUGUGAUAGAAUCAAUGGAUUCAAUACUAACUCGAGAAGUUUGGAGUGCACCUCAAAGAUCAGAAUCAAUUCAAAUGGACCAUGAUCGAGCUCAGCAAGUGAUGUCUGCAAUGGCAAAUUUUGCCUUACCACAAGCAUCCAUACCAGAGUGGGCACAAACUAUCACUGAAGAACAAUGGAAACAAACACUUAACGAUAGAAUAGAAAAAUUAAGAAACAACAGGUAAUGUUAGUUAUUUAUUAGUGUGUAUUUUUAAGUUUAAUAUUGAUCAAAUGUAUUGAAAGAAAAUAAAUAUUGCUAUGUUAUUCCAUAUUGAGUUUCAAGUAUCAACAUUUACCUAGUCCAAUUAAUGUUUACUAUGGUAAAACUAUGAUCCUUAAUUAUAAUGCUUGUGCUUGAUUACUUGUUUACCUUGAGUUGGAAAUAAUAGGAAGAAUAACUAAAAUUCAUUUAUUAAUUUUGACAUCACAUUUAUUAAAAUUGCAAAACAUUACAGGAAAAUUAAAAAAUCCUUAAAAGAAAACAAUUUUAUUAAAAUUAUAACAUUAUGGUUUGUAUGGAAUCUGAAUAAUGUAUGUUGCCUGACAAUCUAUUAUUAAUUACAUAAAAAAGUUCAGUUAUUAAAGCUUUUUUUUUGUGAUUUUUACCAUAUCAUGAGAUUCACCAUUCAAAUGAGAAAAAAAAAUUAGCUAAGACAUAAACAGUAAAAUAUCCCUGAUUUGCAUUUACACAAUUCAAAUAACGAAAUAACCCAUAAUUUUUACUCGACUACAGUAGUAAAAUUUUCGAUCUCCCUGCUCUUGAUUAUUUAAAAAAAAAUCGCUAAAGAAGAUUGUAAUUAAUGUGUCAAUGGCCUCUGUGUUUCUUAAAUUGGGAUGGGAUAAAUUAUACA